AUGAACUCCAACAACCAGGGAAACCGACCCAGGAAGUCGAGAAAUUCGGGACCAUCCAACGCAAAUAACAAUGGAAGGUUCGGUCGCGCCCGCGAGCCACGCCCCAGCCAGGACCGGCCGCCGCCGGAGGCCGCCGGCGUGUACGCCGACCCCAAGUACGCGCACGUCUUCACCUCCGUCCUCGGCUGCACCGUCCGGGUGCUCACCAAGUCGCAGGCGCUGUACGAGGGCGUGCUGGAGUCCGUUUCCGAGGACAACUGCUUCGUGCUGGGCCUGGCCAACCCUGUCAGCCGCGAGGACCCCAAGAAGAUCGACCCCAAGGCCAUCCGCGACAAGGUCAUCUUCAAAAGCGACCAGAUCGUCACCAUUCUGGCGGCCAAUGUGGACCUGGAUUACGCCACUAAGACGGGCUUCCAGACAGAUGGCGCCAUCUCUGGCAAGACGAACGGCUCGCUGGCCGCCCGCGAGCUGCAGCCCUGGGUGGAGGACGACAUUCCCAGCGAGCAGCUGGUCUCGCUCGAGGAGGCGAAUGGCUGGGACCCGCGCGAGAUGUUCCGCCUCAACGAGAAGAUGUACGGCGUGCGGUCAACGUUCGACCAGACGCUGGCCGGCUACACGACGCCGCUUGAGCUGACCUCGGAGGAGCAGCUGGAGCGGGCGGCGCGCAUCGCGCACGAGAUCGAGCGCUCCACCGUCUCGCGGCACCGCGCCGACCGGCCGCCGGCCGCCGGCAAACCUGCGCUCACCGGCCUCAAGGAGUUCCAGGAGAACUUCGUGCUGGCGGAGGAGGCGGCGCCGCGCGCGGAGGGUGCGGCGCCAACGCCGGCCGGUGGUCGACCCAGUGAGCCGGCCACACCCACCUCGGCUGCUGGCGCCACGCCCACUUCGUCGGGCGGAACGACGCCUUCCGCGGGCACAGUGACCACGCCCAACUCGGCUGCUACGCCCAAGCAGGACGUGCCCAAGCUGGCAGACUCGCUGGCAAGGUCCAAACUCAACCCGAACGCUAAGGAGUUCACGAUGAAUCCGAACGCGAAGACGUUCACGCCGGUGCCCGUGCCUAAUAUGGGCUACUCGCCGGAUCCGCCGGCGCGCGUGGUGACGCCCCAGGCGGCGCUGAUGCCCGGCCAGCUGUCGCUGCUCUCGAUGCCGGGCCACCCGGGCCUCAGCUACCUGCCGAUGGGGCCGCAGUCGCUGCCGCUGCCGCACCAGAUGCACCAGGCGCCGCGGCACCAGAAACAGAGAGCUCUAUCGUGA